ACUUACUGUGUCCAACUGGCCAAUCAUAGGUAGGCACAGAAGCUACUUGUAACUACAUCAUUUCCAGGGACACACAGGAAGUGUGAGGUGGCUGUAAGAACAUUUUCGCUAUGUCUGCCAUUUUCAACUUCCAGAGCUUAUUGACGGUCAUCCUGCUGUUAAUAUGUACCUGCGCUUACAUCAGGGCCCUGGCUCCCAGCAUUCUGGAUAAAAACAAAUCCGGAAUUUUGGGAAUAUUCUGGAAGUGUGCCAGGAUAGGUGAACGGAAAAGCCCUUAUGUUGCUAUAUGUUGUGUGGUGAUGGCCUUCAGUAUUUUGUUUGCAGAGUAAUGCAAUGUGAAUACAGGGUGGGUGAGGGAGUGCAACUCGGGUGGAGAGUUGUUUAAAUCCACCUGAAGACAAGCACCGAAGAAGAAAAAGCUAACUAAGCUAAAUCUAAGCUUGAAAUAAGCAUUAGAGACAUCUCUGACUUUGACCAUGCUCAGCUUCAAAUAGCACUCUCUGUCUGCUAAGAAAUAAAUAAUAAUAGCACACCUUGCAAGAAGAAACCCUGUGCUUGUAGACUGGACCAAGGACACACCCAAGGCUCCAUUCUUCACUGAAGAACCCUGAAAACUGUAAAUGGCCAUGGGAUUUUUAUGUAGUUCAUUUCCAUCUGUUAAAUCAAUAAAAUAUAAGUUCUUCACCUA